AAAAAGUUUCAUUGUAAGCGAGCAAGCUAGACUGAGACUAAGCUUAGGAAAUGGAUAGCUCAAUUGAACAAGGUGGCAAUUGUCCAAAUGUGUUUAAACAAAAGUAUAAGGUUGGAGACUUAAUUGGCUGUGGUGGCUUUAGUACGGUGAGAAUUGCAACAGAUAUCCAGACUACAUGUGAGGUUGCUGUAAAGAUCCUUGUUCGUGAGACAAUAAAGAAAAAGAAAAUGGAAGAAAGAGUGAAAAGAGAAAUCGAAAUAUUGAGAUUGUUAAGGCAUCCUCAUAUAAUUAGACUUUAUGAGGUUAUAGACACCCCAAAAAAGAUCUAUCUUGUGAUGGAGUAUGCCAAGUUGGGAGAUCUUGCUGUUUACAUGGAAUCAAUUGGGAAAUUGCAAGAGGAAGAAGCUCGUAAAAUUUUUCAGCAGAUAAUCUCUGGUGUAGAGUAUUGUCAUGAGAAUAAGGUGGUUCAUAGAGACCUUAAACCUGAGAAUUUGCUUUUGGAUUCCGAACGGAAUGUGAAGAUUGCUGAUUUUGGUAUCUGCAAUAUAAUGUGUGAUGGUCAGUUUACGACACGUUGUGGAAGUCCAGACUAUUUUGCCCCUGAGGUAAUUUCGGGAGGAUUCUAUGAGGGGCCUCCAGUAGAUGUUUGGGGUUGUGGUGUCCUCCUAUAUUUUCUACUAUGUGGCACCCGUCCAUUUGUUGCGGACAACAAUCGUAGCGUUUUUAAGAAGAUAACGGAUGGGAUAUACACUCUUCCAAGUCAUUUAUCACCUGAAGUGAAAGACUUGAUAUCAAGGAUGCUUGAAAGGAACCCAUUCGAGAGGAUAGAAAUUCCUAAGAUUCGCGAGCACCCGUGGUUUCAGGCACAUCUUCCGCGGUAUUUAACUUUGCCCCCACCCAAUACCUUUCAACAAGUAAAAAAGUCUCGAGCUCAUCGAAGUGAUAUAAUGACACGAGUGGUUGUAGAACUGAAAAAACUAAAUGUGCGUCGGAAGAACAACAGGUCGGAAGAAGAACGGGAGCAUGAAGUGAAGGUGGAUUCUGGGUGUCCCUGGUCCUUAUGAAGGAAUGAUUAACAAUCCAUUAUUUGAUAUUUAAUGUUUAAUAUUGUUGGUCUCGUAAUCUUUGUAUUUAAUUAUAUAAUAAACAGUUUUUUCAUUUUGUUAUUCUUCCUACUCUUUUAUAAGGUAAUGCUUGCUUGGUAUGAGCCAAUUGGUUC